UCUCCUUAGCCGCCCUUUUCCCGCCGUCGUGGAAGAAGCUACUCGAAGCGAGGUUCGAUUAUUUCGCCCCAAUACCCAUCUAAAUUCCCCUCUCGUUGAUCGGCAUAGUUGCGAAUUAGAAGGGUUUUGGGGGUUAUAUCAUGCUCUCGAGAAUCUCACAGCUUGGGGUGCGGAUCUUGAACGAGGCCAGAUCGGGUCAAUCUUGUGUACCUAGAAGUGGCUAUAAUAAAGACCGCCUCCCCCCCUAUUUAAACCCUGUGAAGAAUCUUCUCUUUUCUACUGCAACAGCCACCGAAGGUCAGGACAAAGGCAGUGAAGAAAAGGAUAAGAUAUCUGUGACUUUCGUCAACAAGGAUGGAACAGAAAAGCACAUCAAAGUUCCUAUUGGAAUGUCAAUGUUGGAAGCUGCACACGAAAAUGACAUAGAACUUGAAGGAGCAUGUGAAGGCUCACUUGCAUGUUCGACAUGCCAUGUGAUUGUGAUGGAUGUAGGGUACUACAACAAACUAGAAGAUCCUACUGAUGAAGAAAACGAUAUGCUCGACCUUGCAUUUGGGCUUACUGAGACGUCUCGCCUUGGUUGCCAAGUAAUUGCAAAGCCGGAACUUGAUGGUAUACGGUUAGCAUUACCUGCAGCCACACGAAACUUUGCUGUUGAUGGAUUUGUACCAAAACCACACUGAAUAUGGCAGUGUAUAAGCUUUAGAUGUUGCUUCAUGAUCUUAUGUGAGCAUACAGUAUACAUAUUUUUUGACCCUGCCAUCUUUAUGAAGAUACCUGCAUUCAGAUGUAUAAUCCGAAAAAAUUUUGUUCGAUCUUUCAUCUCUAAUAAGUUAUUUAUUUGUAUCAGCUAUCUCUUUUCCCGAGGUUAUGGGAUUUGCACAGUACCUCUUUUCUUUAAAAGAUUAGUGACAAUCUUUUUUCCUUUAAUAGCAUAACCACUCGAGUGUUUCUUGUCUAUCAUUUUUGAACUGUAAUAGCAAUCUAUGUAACCGAAAUCAGUGUUACAACAUGUUGUAUUUGAGUAA